UGCACUUCACUUUAGUACGUAGUAUCUUCUUAGUAGUUUGUGACUUUAGUUCUAGAAAGUACAAGAAAGAAAGCCAAGUUUAUUUUAUAAUUCGCCGCAACAUAACCUAAAUCAAAUUAUAUUAAAAUGGCUAAUGUGUUUGGAUUAAUAGUGUCUGGACGCUUGGUCCAAACAGACUUCACGCCAGUCUCAGACACACAGUUCCUCAUCACAAUCCCCGAGGCAGACUCAAUAAACUACCUAGUUGUGUUCCUAACUGGCGUGACUCCGCUGCCCGAGGGUGCUUGUGGCAUGGUCUACUGGAGCUGGCCGGACUCCUCCGCGCCACCCAACUGGCAGCUGCUAGGACACAUAUCCAACUCAAAGCCUUCGGCAAUAUUUAAGAUCUCAAAUUUGAAGAAGUUGCAUGAACUAUCUAGUGACAACCAAUUCGGCAGCGCGUUCGGCGCGCCCAAGAUCUGCCACAACGCACAGAUAGGUGUCGCCAUUGAGCCGGAGGCGAAUGUGUCCCUGCUGGCGUCCUCUGUUGCGCAACAAAACUCCUACGUAACCUUCGCCCAAAAGAUGCUCGAAAACCUGAUAAACUUCGUCGGGUCAUUCGCGGUGACGCAGGAGCAAAUGAGCCCCACGCCCGGCGUGUCCUACAUCCCCCUCAGCACGCUGCAGACCUGGUACCAGAACUUCGAGCGGCGGCUGCAGCAGAACCCCAACUUUUGGAAGAACUAGUCGGGUGCGCUGCGGUCCUGGUAACUAAUAGUAUUUAAACUUAUACAGGUGAUUUUUAAGUUUUUGUCUAAGCGGACCCCAGGGGGCAUGUGCCGUGGCAAAGGCCAGUAUAACACAACGAAGAGGAUGAUGAUGACAGGAUGAGUUUUAAAUAGGCGUAAACUUUGACGUGUCUCGGCCGAAGUACGAGUACAUCGUUCUAUAAGGAAACGCAGGCUCGUCUCGUUCUAUGUAAAAUUGUAGACCUGCCUAAUCUGCAUUUUGCGAUUUCAAUACUUAUAGGUCCUUUUUUUCACGAACGUUUUUUUCCGGUUAGUAACGUUAUAUUAGUUAUAAUGUAAAUGCAAAUCUGCGCUAGAUAUUAGUAUAGGGACCGUGCGCGUUGGAGAGUCUGCCAUUUAGUGGCUAUAAUGGGAAACCAAAUACUAUCAACCUGUCACUUUGCUUUGUCACGGAAAUAUUUGUAUUCAUAAUAUUUGCUAAAAUAGGGAAUAAAAGGACGUUAAAAUGAAUUGUUGUGUAUCUAGGUGCCCUAGCAUAACGCGGGGCAACCAACUUAAAGUAAAAAAUAUAAAAUUUUAUAGCAUUCCAGCCGAAAGCACUUUCGUACCUUGGACUCGUGAAAAGCGAAAUUUAUGGAUGAAUGCAAUAAAGAAACAUACGUAAAUAAAUACUUGAAUUAUAACGGUUAUAUUUGAAUUGUGGUAAUCAUCAUUAGUAAAGAAUAAUACAAUAGAUACAGGCUUCAAGCAUCUCCAGGUUUCAAAGCAUACGAGGUAAAGUUUAUGGCGGAAUGUUUAAAAAACUGCCGUCGUGGUUGCAGUCGCAAAUACAGUUCUGUUAUUACUAAAUACUAACAAUAAUAUACUUACUGUAAUUUGGGUUUCAUAAACAUUUGAAAUCCUCGUUUGGGCCACGAUUCGGCCACUAAUUUUGGAUGUUUUGUCGACGUUGAUUUUCUCAGUCACAUCUAAAACGUGGCCCGCCUGAAAUAAUUUGACGCUGUUCUGACGCCCUUUGACGUUGUUCUGACCGCGCUCGAUGUCGCUCUUCACGGGAACAAAGCCGUACUUUAUUAUUUUAAUCAUAAUUUUAUUAUUUACUCAUGUUUUUCAGUUUGUAAUAUGUGACCGCAGUUUGACAGAUAAGUUUUUGCGUUUCAUUUUAUCCGCGCAGUGUCGCUUUAGUCGGCCAUUGCUGCUCUCUAUAGUUCUUGCACGUUCCCUAUAACUACUGUAAUACUAAUAUCGUACUAAAAGCAACUUUAACUAAGUACCUACAGUACUUUUAGUAUGAUCAAUACAUUAUCCUCAGUACAUUUAUUGAAUACUUACGUUGUGUGGCCUGAAGUUAAAUCAUCAUCCUCCUUGCGUAAUCCCGGCAUUUGCCACGGCUCAUGGGAGCCUGAGGUCCGCUUUGUCAACUAAUCCCAAGAUUUGGCGUAGGCACUAGUUAAACGAAAGCGACUGCCAUCUGACCUUCCAACCCGAAGAGUAACUAGACCUUAUUGGAAUUAGUCCGGUUUCAUCACGAUGUUUUCCUUCAACGAAAAGCGUCUGGCAAAUAUCUAAUGACAUUUUGCACAUAUGACAUAAGUUCCGAAAAACUCAUUGGUGCGAGCCGGGGUUCGAACCCGCGACCUCCGGAACGAAAGUCGCACGCACUUACCGCUAGGCUACCAGCGCUUUUUGCCAGCGCUGUGGCCUGAAGUUAAAUACUAUUAGUUAAACAAGGACGUAGCUAUAUUUUAAUAUUUUUAGUAUUACACUAAGAAAUAAAUGUUAAUUUUAUAUUAUAGCAAUGUCCCGCAAGGCGAGUUGUGAUAAUAAUUGUAAAUAAUGCUCAAGUGCAACAUCGUUUCAUAAUGUGUAUUAAAUGCAGGCAGGUGAAGAUUAUGCUUCGUUCAUUUUAGCAUUAGAAUAAGAGUAACAAUCUUGAUAUUUUUUAUGGAUAAAUGCUUGGAACUGGUAUCUGAGACCAAAACAUAAAUUACCAUAAACACGCUACAAGAAUGCUACAGUUUAUUGUUAUUAUCAAAAUAGUUUUAAUUUUAUAUUUUAUGAUAAACCAUUACCCGCUUUCUACCUACUGCUUGAAAAAACGAAGUACCUAUAGUUGAGUUGAGUAUGAGCAUAGAGGAAUAAGUAAGGGAAGUUGUAACUUCAUACGUCAGUAAACGCGAGUUAUUUGUAUAGGCAUAGUUAUAGUGACAUCUAACGACAAUCACGAGUCAAUCACGCGUCAAAUAGCGUGAAUUAUCAGUUACAGUACCACUACUCGAUACUAGUUUUCAAUAGUGUUUCGUCUGCCAACAAUUUAAUAUUAGAACAGUUUACAACUUAUAUUGCAAGCAGAAGGAAUUGAAAACAGAAUACUGAUUAAUACUAUUGUAAUAUUAGCUAAAAAUUGGUGAGCAUUACACUUUUCGUUCAUCGCGACAUAUUCUAUUGACAAGUAGCAUUACUGAUAAUUUACGCUAGUUGACGCGUGAUUGUCGCUAGAUGUCACUAUAACUAUGCCUAUACAAAUAACUCGCAUUUACUGAUGUAUGGAGUUACAACUCUUCCCUUACUUAGUCCUCUAUGGUAUGAGCUAUACAUAUUUCAGUAUCUUUAAUUUGUCAAAUCGAUGUAGACUUGCAUUGCAUGAAAUGUACUGUGGCAGGUAAAUUACGCGGUAUCAAUAUUAGUAGGGUAUAAACUUAGACCAAAUAUAGCUGGCAGCGACUUUGACAGACAGCCAAUACUGUGCUAAGGCACAUCUCGGACACUGGCGGUCAAAUAUAUUAAAGAGGCGCGUUCCUAGCACACAUUCUAAGCUCGUGUAGGUGAACGCGUACCAUGCUUGUAAGAGUGAGAUAUGACGGGUUGACUAUUCGCGUUUUUGACAGGCGGUAACUGUGAGGUAACCGAGAGGGGGUGGGCGGCGCUUUCAGCGGGGAGCGGGAGUGGCCAUUCUGUACGAUAGUACUCUUUAUUAUACUGUGGCUAAGGUUUAACAGACCUACUAGACAAAAAUGGCGCACUACGUCAGAAACCGAUCGUAAUUUAUAACCGCCCGCUUGUAUGGCGAGAACCCGCUGGGCGGGUUCUUCAGAAUCUGAGAGAAGUUCACGAGUGGCCACCAAGUGAGUUCUUGGUUCCGUAAGUGUUUAAUAAUUAUUGACUGUUGUCGUUUUAGUAACGCUUUCACAGUUUGAUAGGCUACUAAAUCACUGCCAAAUUAUCUUGGUCUAAGUGCGUUUUCACAUUAUCCGGAUGUCGGACCUAUAUCCCAUACAUCGAAGCCGCCAUCUUUGAUUUUUGCCUUUGAAAUCGGAUAAUGUGAAAACGCACUAACCCUAGUUAGAACUACGACGCAGGUUUUAUCCACGUUCCAAAAGUUAAUUUAUACUUACAUUCAGUGCGAUUAUUACAACAAAGGUGUCUUUCCCUAGCAAAAGGUACUACAUUGCCGCAUAUUAUAUUGUCGGUAUACCUAGCCGGUAUACAUGGGUGCUACUGCUAAGAGAUGAUAUAAAUACUUUAAAUAAGUACAUAAAUACAUGAUAAAAUCAAAUACCUGUGUUCAUCAUGUUUCAUCAAUAUCAUCAUUAGGACAUGCAUCGUCUUGGCGCAAUGCAUGCAAUUCUUCUAAUACUUCUGAAAACGCCGAAAAAGCGAAGUUGUGUCUGACAACAUUUCAUGAAAUGGUUAACAAAUUGGCAGUACUUUCUCGAGCUUUACGAAUUUUAUGAAAUAGCUGCCAUACAAGGCAACAGCAUGUCGUACGCGACAAUCUCGUGGAAUGCCUCUUACAGGUGUAUUAUAUGUAGUACUCUUUGUGUCGGGCUUAUGGUAAGCGAUAAUGUGGUACCUUUUAUUCGAGAUGGUCACAAAUGUGUUAUGUUUGCAGUAAGACUGCGAGUGUAAAGAUUUGCUUGAAGGUGUGAUCGUAAAGGCGUGUCCGGAACGUCAGUGAUAAUAAACAAUAAUGUAGAAUAUCAUAACAGACAGAAAAUGGCGCACUACGUCAGAAAGCGGUCUUAAUUCCUAGCCGCCCGCCUCUAUGGCGAAUACCUCCGGAAUCUGAGCAAAGUUCUUGUUGCGAAAGUGUUAAUUUUGUCAAUCAUGAGACUUUUUCCAAUUGGGUGCCAAAUGUUGUAAAAGAUGGUGCAAGCAUAGGUUUCACGUGUAUCGAUGAAUAUUAUAUGUAGUUGUAUUCUAUGAGAUUUGGUAUCUAAGCAGAAAAACCUAUGAUUGACAGUUAAAACUUAAACUGGCAUCUCUUUACGUACACGUCUUUAAUAUUGUAUAAUGAUGUAUUUAAAUACAAAAGUGAGCUUUUUACUCAUGCAAAAUAAAUCGUUUUUGCUUAUA